AUGAUUAAAGCCCAGAAAGACUACAAGCCUUAUGAAGUGGUGUUAGAGUGUCCACCGUUUGUACACAAUAUUAAUGAUAAAUAUAAAGGACAGGUAUGUGACCACUGUUUGACCAAAAGUGAUGGUUUGAAGAAAUGCGCGAACUGUGGACACAUGUAUUACUGCAACCGAAACUGUCAGCGCAACGACUGGCGGGCCGGACAUCGGUAUGAGUGCCAGAUAUUCAAGAAUCACUACCAGAAUCUGGAAGAUAUAAACAAUUUGGCGAAACCAUUGUUGCGUCUGUAUCUCAAUAUCAAAGCUGAUCCACAAAUUGUUAACAGAAUGUAUGACACUGUUGACGGAAAACAGCGAUGUUUCAACGAUUUGAUGACACAUAACGAAGACAUUAUGAGAGAUAGUCAUCGAUGCAAUAACAUUAUAGAUCUAUACGAUAGGAUCAGCUCUAGUGGUGUAGAACUAUCUUUAAAUGAUUUUAUUAAUUUCUAUGGAAAAUAUGUUAUCAAUUCAUAUGAAAUUUGUUUUGGGGAUAAUAUCCAUCCACCGCAUAGACCGUGUGGUACCGGUAUGUUCAUCGGUGCGUCCGUUUUGAACCAUUCGUGUGCUUCUAAUGUCUGUUUCCAAUCUGUUGGUAACAAACUGUUGAUAAUAUCUGAACAAUAUAUUAAAGCCGGCGAUGAAUUGACUGUUAGUUAUCUUAAUAAAUGCUUAUUAAUGCCAACUGAUAGAAGAAGAAUGCAAUUGAAAAGUUACUAUUAUUUUGAUUGUCAUUGUCGUAGAUGUGAUAACAAUUAA